AAUUUUCUUGCCACACAAUCGAGCACAUUGUGGCAGAUGCUAAACGACGCGGUGUAAUCGUUGUAACUAGUUUCAAUAAUAUCAAAUGGCUACUUGAUCAUUACUUUUACAAUGACACAUAUCAUUAUAUUAGUGUGUAACUGAGAUUUGGUCGUAUAAUGUCAUGUCUCGUCACAUUCUAAGCUACACAACUAAUCGGAAAUAUCUCAACAAACAUAAAGCGCUAAACGUCUUAUUUUUAUGAGGACCUACUAUAUAGUGCAAUUAAUUAUAUAAUUUAAAAAAAAAUAGAACAAUAAAAUUAAUUUACUGUGAUAUAUAUAUUAUAUACACACAACUGUAUACAAAAUGAUGGACAAAGCGUUAUUGCGCCAAAUCUUUGCCACCGUGUCAGCUUCCAUGUCGAUAUUCAUCGCUGGAAGUUGGGUGGGCUGGCCUUCUGCUACCACAGAAAAGUUCAUCAAACACCGAACAGGCAUUGACGUGACCCUGUCACAACUGUCCUGGAUUAUAUCAAUAAUGGAUUUCGGAAACGUGUUAAGUCCAAUACCGGCUGGCUACAUGAUGGAUCGAUACGGCCGCAAGAUAACCGUAGCAGCACUCGGGCCGUUGUACAUUGUUUCGUGGGCGCUGCCGGUGUUCAUCAACAACAUUUGGGCGUUGUACCUGGCCAGAUUCUUGGGCGGCUUGGGCAAAGGCGUGUCCUACACUGUUGUGCCGGUGUUCCUGGGCGAAAUAGCCGGAGUGAAAAUCCGCGGAGCUCUGAGUUCCGUGUUUGCCAUUCAGCUGUCCAGCGGGAUUUUGUCCGAGGUCAUAGUCGGACCUCACGUGUCCUACUGGAUGCUGAACAUGCUGUCCGGUUUGAUUCCCAUCGUUUUCUUCCUAAUGUUCAUCUGGGUACCGGAAUCUCCGUAUUAUCUGUUGAAAAAAGGACUACGCGACGAGGCGGCCAAAUCCCUCAGGUGGUACAGGGGCGGCAGCGACUCCGAACUCCAGCAAAUGGAAGAGAAUGUCCAGGAGGACAUGAAGAACAAAGGCACCUUCCGGGAACUGUUCACCAACCCGAAAAACGUCAAAGCUCUCAUGAUCAUAACGACGGCCAGUUUUGCGCAGCGAGCCGGUGGCAUUAGCAGUCUCCUGGCUUAUUCCACGCUUACACUACCCGAUCCAGCGCCGUUUGGUCCCAAAAUCAACUACAUAAUCGUGUUCGUCGCACUGCUGACCGGCGUCAACUUUGUCGGUUCGGCUUUGGUCGACAAAAUCGGACGAAAGCCGCUGUUGAUACUGUCGGAAGUGUCGUUGGGCGUCAUCACGUUCAUCUACGGUUUAUUCUUCUACUUGCAAAACUACAUGGACAUGUCCAAGUACCACUGGGUAGCGUACGUUUGCCUGGAGAUGUUUUCCGUUAUGUUCGCAAUGGGAAUCGCGUUCAUUCCCAUAGUGUUCCUGGGCGAAAUGUUCCCAGUCAACGUGCGCUCUCAAUGUUCGGCCAUCAUAUCGAUUGUGCUCGCUUUCUGUUCGUUCGUCUCCAAUGAGAUAUUCUUAAUCGUGUCAGCAAAUUACGGAUAUAAUGUCAUGUUAUGGACCUUCACAAGCAUAAACUUCAUAUGCGCUUACUUAGCAUACAAAACAGUGAUUGAAACUACUGGUAAGACAUUCGGUGAAAUUCAAGUUCUCCUGGGAGAGAGUUUGAAACGAAAAACCAUAAAAGGAGAUCUCCUGGAGUCAGAGUCGGGAGUCUAACAUUUAAACAUUUUUAGAGCUUAUCGAUGUUCAAAAAAUAAACUAGUACAAUUUUGGUCAGAUACCAACGCGGAGAUGUAUUUAAAUAUUUUGUACAGUUGUGCCUACUGUUUUCCUUUAAAUGUAUUAUAUUUUUAGUUUAAAUAAUAACGGAUAUUAUAUAAUUUCACACGUCAUGUGUAUCACUUAAAAUGUUUAAAAUAACUUAAGUGUGACUUAUUUAUAAAUAUAAUUCGUUUUUACAUUGA